GAGAAAAGGGAGCCAGUCAGAGCAAAAGACGACCUCAGCCGUACCCCAGAGCAGGCAGCAGCACUGGCAACCGCCGUCUCUUUGUUCUACACUGGCUUUGACAACAAAAACGUGAUAUUUCAACAUUUUAGUCCUCAAUGCCAUCGCGAAAAUUCACAGAGAUGGACUCACACGGGACUGAAUACAUGGAUCAUUGUGGGUCUUCUGUGAAGAGGAGAAGGCAUGACAGCGAACAGUCUAUCUCCAGUGGAGCCAGUGGUUGUUCCUCUGGCCUCGAGUACACUGACCUGGAGGCAGCUGAAGCUCUGGUGUGUAUGAGCUCUUGGGGCCAGGCUCUCUUCCUGAGCAGCAACAAGCCGAGCCCCUGCAAACCCAGACCACUUACCCCGGCUUCGGACUCCUGCGAUUCCCUCCUGCCACCAGAACUCCCAGAGCCCCCGAAGGACUUUGUGUCCCUCUCCUCUUUGUGUAUGACCCCACCCCACAGUCCCAGCUUUGUUGAGACGUCAUCGAGCACUACACUCCAGUCGAGCUCCAGCCUCGCUGUGUCCACACAACACUGCGGGUCCGGCCUCCAUCAACCUGUCCUGACCCCCAUUGCUGAAAAGACCCCCACCCUCCCCUCUCCGCCACAGCCCUGCAGAGCCAUGGCGACCAGCGUCAUCCGCCACACCGCAGACAGAACGCUCUGCCAACACCACAUUCCAGUGGACCCCAAUCCAGAGAAGACUAGAGACACAGUAUUGGCUACAAUGGUCUGCCAGCAGCAACAACAGCAGCAGCAGCAGCAGCAACAGCAAUGUAUAACAAACGCUGAGCAGAUAACCACGCCUCCAUCUCCUCCAGCUUCACUCAUACCCUCAAAAACAGAGCAGCCAACCAGUCCCUCAAAGCCCUGUUUGGACAAUGUUUCCACUCGCACUCCUGUCAACACCCAACCACAGAACAGCACAUCCACUCCCCCUAUUCCCACAACCCUGUCCCCUCCUCCAGUCACCAGCCCUCAAAUCAUCUGCCAGAUGUUCCCCGUCAGCAGCCAAUCGGGUAUAAUCUCGGCCUUCAUCCCCAGUGCCGUUCAGACGGCUAAUACUGGAAUUCGGACUGCAACCACACCCAUCCUCCCCCAACCAGCCUCAGCUAACACUGCCCCUGUCCAGCAGUCCCUCAUUGUGGGCUCAGCGGUACCCCAGGGCACCGUGAUGCUGGUUCUCCCUCAGUCCUCAGUUUCUCAGGCCCCUCACUGCCCUCAGACUGUCAUGACCCUGGGCAACACCAAGCUGCUACCUCUGGCCCCGGCCCCUGUGUAUGUGCCAGCAGGGCCCAGAGGCACCACAAAGAUGGACUUUUCCCGCAGGAGAAACUACGUCUGCAACUUCCCAGGCUGCAGGAAGACAUACUUCAAGAGCUCCCACCUCAAGGCUCAUCUUCGAACACACACAGGUGAGAAGCCCUUCAACUGCAGCUGGGAUGGAUGUGAUAAGAGGUUUGCCCGUUCUGACGAACUCUCCCGUCACCGGCGCACGCACACCGGCGAAAAGAAAUUUGUGUGUCCCGUGUGCGACCGGCGAUUCAUGCGCAGCGAUCACCUAACCAAACACGCCCGCCGCCACAUGACCACAAAGAAAAUUCCCUCCUGGCAGGCCGAUGUUCGGAGUCUGAACAAAAUGGCCGCGAGCAAAACACCUUCCUCAAAACCUGGCAUUGCCACACUAAGCAUGCUGGUACCUGCUGGCUCAAAGUAGAUAAUGAACAACUGCCAUCCAGCCUACUUACUCCCAAACUACCAGAGGGACACAGCCAGGCACACAAGGCUGCUGCCCUUUUACUCAUGGGAAUGAUAAUAAAAACAUGCACUGGACUCUUUUCCUGCUCUACUGCUCAUUUGUACAUGUCGUUUCUCUGAAAGAUUCUUUGUUUACUUUGAUAUAAUUGAUAUGUAUGCACUCUUGCCAAAGCCUUUUUAUGAAGUUCGUCUUAUACAUUUCACCUUCUCCACCUCUCCUGCAACACUUUUCCUCUGUUUGUAUGGAUACUGAUAUAUAUGUCUGUGAAUGUAUUGUUCGUUGUACUAUGAAAUGCAUUUAUUUGUCUUAUUUGGGGGGAAAAGUUGACACGAAAAAAUAUGUAAAUAUGAAUAUUAAUCAUCAGUACUACGAUUAUACCUUGAUUAUAUCACCCUGUCUAACUUUUCGUAUUAUUUAAUACAUAUUUGUAAUAAAAAAAAAGGUUCAAUGAGUA